GUAAAUGUCCAAUCCAUUUGUUUAGUCUACCGAAUCUUAAAUGGUCUAGGUAUCAAAUCCCAUUCAGAAAUAAUAAAAAAUACAUAAUAAUAAUUGAAAUAAAAAAAAACUGCUCUCUGUUAGUCUGCUGUGUCUUUUGAUACUCCGACCUCUCUCUCUCUCUCUCUCUCACAUGGGACGCAGAAGAAAGCUCAGAGAGCUGAUGGGGGCAAUCAAAGACAAGGCCUCCCAAAGCAAGGCAGCAAUCCUCUGUAAACUCAACACAAACACUCUCUCCUCCUCCUCCUCUUCCUCCUCCUCCUCCUCAUCCCUCCACCUCACCCUCCUCCGCGCCACAACCCACGACCCUUUCUCGCCCCCAAACCCCAAAAGCCUCGCUGCUUUGCUCUCCUUUGGCCUCAGUUCACGUGCCACCGCUUCCUCCGCCGUGGAGUCCCUCAUGGACCGCCUCCAAACCACCCACGACUCCGCCGUCGCCCUCAAGUGCCUCCUCGCCGUCCACCACGUCAUCAAGUACGGCUCCUUCAUCCUCCAGGACCAGCUCUCAGUGUACCCCGCCGGCGGAGGCAGAAACUACCUCAAUCUCUCCAAUUUCAGAGACGAUUCUACCCCUGUGGCCUGGGAGCUCUCCUCCUGGGUCCGAUGGUACGCUCAGUACAUCGAAAACCUCCUCUUAACAUCUCGGCUUCUGGGUUUCUUCGUCGGCUCGAAUUCCUGCAUCGUGGAGAAAGACAGAGAAGAGGAGCGAGUCUCGUCGCUUUUGAACGCCAACUUGGUCCGAGAGACCGAGUCGCUAGUGAGUCUGCUUGAGGAGAUUUGCAAACGGCCCGAGUCCUUGGGUUUGGGCGGGAACAGGUUGGUGAUUGAGGUUCUGGGUUUGGUGGGCAAGGAUCAGAUUUCUGCAAUGAACGAAAUUUCGGUCCGAGUUAACGAGUUUAACGAGCGGCUCAAUUGUCUGAGUUUCGGCGACUCGGUCGAGUUGCUGGGCGCAUUGAAGAGGUCGGAGGAUUGCGAAGGGAUGCUUUUGGCGGUGCCGAAUGUAAAGAAUGAUUUGGUUGAGGGGUUUUGGGGUUUGAUCAGAAAGAUGAAGACGAAGGUUGGGAAGGAGAAAGAGAGCAAUAAUGAGUUAGUGGCGACGAUGAGAGUGGAGAGAGAGAGUUUCAGUGAGUCAGCUCGGUUUGGUGACCGAGUUCUGAGGCCAUCUGACUGGGUCCGAUUCUCGUCGGCGAGAUUGGCCGUGAAUGCCUUUCAUUUGUCUACUAGUCAAUCAUGUGCUCGAUGAAAUUACACAAUUGAAUGAAUUAUAAAUUUCUUUUUUUCUUUUUCUUCU